UUUGAUUCAAUUGAAGACGUGAUAAAAGAUGGCAGAAAUCAGAUGAAAGAUUUGAUGAAUAAGUAUUCAAUUCCCGGAACUGUUAUAGCGUUUAGUAUUAACGGCACAAAUGUGUGGACCGAAGGGUUUGGUUAUACGGAUGUCGAGAACGAUGUCAUCACUCAUAAGGACUCCGUUUGGCGUUUGGCCAGUAUUUCAAAGCCAUUGACUUCAGCACUGAUUGGACGGCUUAUGGACAAGAAGUUGAUUGAUCUCAACCAUGAUAUCCACAAAUAUUUGUCACCGGAUUUCUAUCCCUAUAAGACAUUCAACGGAUCGGCGGUUAAUAUAACGGUUCGGGAAGUAAUGGCACAUUUGGCUGGUCUUCACUUCACUAAAUUAGAAGAUCUCUACGAUGUCUUUCAUGGCGUAAAUUCGAGUCAACCAAUCGCUCAAUUCAAAGACGAGAAGUUGUUAUCAAAACCCAACACAACAUUUAGUUAUUCAAACUAUGGCUACCAUAUGAUCGGCGCUAUCAUUGAAGCCGUGCUUAACAGCACUUAUGAUAAAGAAAUUGAGAAAAUGUUUCGACAAUUGAAUAUGAAUUCAACGUUUGCUGAAAAAAGGGAAGCCAUUUAUAAACACAGACCACAGUAUUAUACGUUUACAGAUAAAUUAGAAAAAGCUGGUAUUUAUGAUGAGUUGGUUUCAUACGAGGGUCAGUGGCCGUGUGGGGGCAUUAUUGCGACGGCUAGUGAUCUAUUAAGGUUUGGAAACGCAAUGAUAUCUGCAUAUAAUGGCAAACAAAAUGAUUUCUUAAGUCAAAAAACAGUGAAAGAGUUGUGGACUCCGGAGACUAUCGGCAAAAUUAAACCCAAAGAUUGGAUCGAUUUAUUGGGUCCUUUUGAAUAUGCCAAAGGAUGGUUUGUAAAGAAUAUUCCUGUCUCUGAUCCCUAUCCCUAUCGCACCAUUAACUGGCACUCCGGAGGAAUGACUGGAACCGCAACAAUGUUUUUGAUAUUUCCCGAUCAAAAUCUAGUGGGCGUUGCGUUCGCUAAUAAUGGCAAUACUGAGGUUCCCGGAGCUGUCAUUGGGUUUAGUAUUAACGGCACAAAUGUGUGGACCGAAGGGUUUGGUUAUACGGAUGUCGAGAACGAUGUCAUCACUCAUAAGGACUCGAUCUGGCGUUUGGCCAGUAUUUCAAAGCCAUUGACUUCAGCACUGAUUGGACGGCUUAUGGACAAGAAGUUGAUUGAUCUCAACCACGAUAUCCACACAUAUUUGUCACCGGAUUUCUAUCCCUAUAAGACAUUCAACGGAUCGGCAGUUAAUAUAACGGUUCGGGAAGUGAUGUCACAUUUAGCUGGUCUUCACUUCACUAAAUUUGAAGAUGUUUCCGAUGUCUUUCAUGGCGUAAAUGCGAGUCAAGCUAUCGCUCAAUUCAAAGAUGAAAAAUUGUUAUCAAAACCCAACACAACAUUCAGUUACUCUAACUAUGGCUACCAAAUGGUCGGCGCUAUCAUUGAAGCCGUGCUUAACAGCACUUAUGAUAAAGAAAUUGAGAAAAUGUUUCGACAAUUGAAUAUGAAUUCAACUUUUGUUGAGAAAAGGGAAGCGAUUUAUAAACACAGACCACAGUAUUAUACGUUUGCUACUAAAUUGGAAAAAUCUGGUAUUUAUGAUGAGUUGGUUUCAUAUGAGGGUCAGUGGCCGUGUGGGGGUAUUAUUGCAACCGCUAGUGAUAUAUUAAGGUUUGGAAACGCAAUGAUAUCCGCAUAUAAUGGCAACCAAAAUGAUUUCUUAAGUGAGAAAACAGUGAAAGAGUUGUGGACUCCGGAGACUAUCGGCAAAAUUAAACCUAAAGUUUGGGUCGAAGUAUUGGGUCCUUUUGAAUAUGGCAAAGGAUGGUUUGUAAAGAAUAUUCCUGUCUCUGAUCCCUAUCCCUAUCGCACCGUUUACUGGCAUUCGGGAGGAUUGACUGGAACCGCAACAAUGCUUAUGAUAUUUCCCGACCAAAAUCUAGUGGGCGUUGCGUUCGCUAAUAAUGGCAAUACCACUGGGUUUGGUUAUACGGAUGUCGAGAACGAUGUCAUCACUCAUAAGGACUCGAUCUGGCGUUUGGCCAGUAUUUCAAAGCCAUUGACUUCAGCACUGAUUGGACGGCUUAUGGACAAGAAGUUGAUUGAUCUCAACCACGAUAUCCACACAUAUUUGUCACCGGAUUUCUAUCCCUAUAAGACAUUCAACGGAUCGGCAGUUAAUAUAACGGUUCGAGAAGUUAUGUCACAUUUGGCUGGACUUCACUUCACACAAUUGGAAUUGGAUUGGAAUCAUGUCUAUCGAGGGAAAAAGCAGAAAUUGCUGACGAGUUGGCCCCAUAUGAGGGCUGGUGGCCAUCAGGCGGUCUAA